AUGGCCGCUGGCAAGCUUUCUUCUGCGGUUCAGAACUUGGUUGGCUUUCUCUGCAUUGCUUUGCUUUUGGCUUCAGUGGCAGGGCCAGUAGGGGCAAUAAGAGCACCAGUUGUUUGUCUGGGACCAUGUUCAGAAUUCAAAGACUGCAAUGGGGCUUGCAUAGCCAAGCAGCAUCCCAAGGGAGGCGCCUGUAUGGGAUUUGGGACUGAACCUCCGACUUGCUGCUGUAAUACUAAUGUUUAG